AUGGCUCCUCCAGGUCGUCGGAGACACAGUCUUUCUCCUGCCGCAAUCUUCCUGGGCCUCAUUUUCCUCUUCUCCUCCACCGCGUCCGCCGCGUCCGCCGUCCUAGGAAUUGACCUUGGCACCGAAUACAUCAAAGCCGCGCUCGUCAAGCCCGGCAUCCCCCUCGAAAUCGUCCUCACCAAAGACUCAAAACGUAAAGAGACCUCCGCCGUCGCUUUCAAGCCGCUGAAGAGCGGUGCGCUUCCGGCGGGAGAGUUCCCGGAGCGCUUCUACGGCAGCGAUGCGGUGGCUCUGGCGGCGCGGUUUCCGGGCGAUGUAUACCCGAAUUUGAAGCAAUUACUUGGUGUAAGCAAGGAGGGAGAUAACGUCAAGGUGUACAAUUCGAGAUACCCCGCGCUGAAGAUUGAGGGCUUGGAGGGCAGGAAGACGGUUGCGCUGCGGAGUGGCGUGUUUGCAGGCGAGGAGAAGCCAUUUUCAGUGGAAGAGCUUUUGGCCAUGGAGCUUAAGAAUGUAAGGGAUAAUGCGAAGGCGUUGGCUGGUAGCGAUGUGUCCGAGGUUGUGUUCACGGUUCCGCCGUUCUAUACCGUUGAGGAAAGGAGGGCGCUGGAGGUUUCGGCGAGGCUGGCGGGCUUGAACGUCCUAAAUGUGGUCAGUGACGGGUUGGCUGUUGGCAUCAACUAUGCCAUGAGCCGGACGUUCCCUGUUAUUAAUGAGGGAGGCAAGCCAGAAAUCAACCUCGUUUUCGACAUGGGCGCUGGAUCCGCUUCUGCGACUGUAAUCAAGUUUCAGGGACGGACUGUCAAGGAUGUGGGCCGUUACAACAAGACUGUCCAAGAAGUUCAGGUUCUUGGAGCCGGUUGGGAUAAGACGCUCGGUGGUGAUGCGCUUAACGCGCUCAUCAUUGAAGACAUGAUUUCGACUUUCGUUGGACUUCCGGCGGCAAAGAGCGCUUCUAUCGCCGCGGAUCAUGUUAAGGCUCACGGGCGUACCGCUGCGAAGCUCUGGAAGGAGUCUGAGAGGGUCCGACAGGUCCUCAGUGCAAACACUGAGACCUCGUCCUUCUUCGAGAGCUUCUUCGAGGACGUCGACUUUCGCUACAAGAUCUCUCGCGUCAGGAUUGAGGAGAUGGCCACCGACUACGCUUCGCGGGUAGAGGGUCCCAUCACGCGUGCUCUUGAAGCAGCUGGUCUUGAGCUUUCUGACAUUGAUUCCGUCAUUGUUCACGGUGGUGCUUCUCGCACUCCAUUCGUCCAGGCCCGCCUCGAAGCUCUUGUCGGCAAGUCCAAGAUCAAGGCCAACGUCAACUCCGAUGAAGCCGCUGUAUUUGGUGCUGCCUUCAAGGCCGCUGGUCUCAGCCCCUCUUUCCGCGUUAAGGAGAUCCGUGACACGGAUACCCAGGGCUACACUCAUGGCAUCCAGUACAUGUUCAAUCUGAAGGACCGCGACCAAAAGAUUUUCUCACCAUCAACCAAGAUUGGAGCCACCAAGGACCUACCUUUCCAGAUGAUGGGCGAGUUCGAGUUCACCAUCUACCAGGCUACGCCAGGCCCUAACGGCGAUGUCGUGAAGCAGCCUACUCUCCAUUUUGCGAGCGGCAACCUCACCAAGGCUGUCACUGAGCUGAUCGAUAAAGAAGGCUGCGACCGUGAUAGCUUCAAUAACUAUGUUCAGGUCAGGCUUAGCCCCAUAACCGGCGAGCCCGAGGUCACUUCUGCCUGGGUCACUUGCGAGACGGAGGUCAAGACUGGUAUCGUCGAUGGUGUCAAGAACUUCUUCGGUAUGGGCGACAAGAAGGACCAGGAGCCGUUGAAGGAGAGCGAAGGCGCUUCCGAGUCCGCCUCCGCAUCGUCAUCGAAGUCAUCCUCGAAAUCCUCUUCGAAGAAGUCGUCCAAGGCAUCGUCUGCAUCUUCUCCCAGCUCUGGGGCUGCCGAUGCGUCAGCUUCUGACGCUGCGCAAACUGGACCCAAGAAGAAGACGGUCAGGUCUGCAAUCACGUACUCGGUCACACAACAGGGCUAUGAGAAGCACCCUCGCAAGGAAUUCAAGCGCAUGCAGGACAGGCUCACCGCCUUCGAUGAGUCUGACAAGGCUCGUCGCAACCGCGAAGAAGUCCUGAAUGCCCUUGAAGCGUUCACAUACAAGGCGCGCGACUACCUGGAAGAUGAGUCGUUUAUCACUGCAUCCACCACUGCUCUUCGUUCUACGCUCGAGGAGAAGCUUAGCGCCACCUCUGAGUGGAUCUACGCUGAGGGCCAGGACGCCGACCAUAAGACCCUAAAGGCUAAGCUCAAGGAGCUCGAAGAUAUUGUGAAGCCCAUCCUAGAGCGCAAGACCGACGCCGUAGAGCGUCCGGAAGCCAUCAAGCAAUUCGAAGCCAACCUCGCUGACGUUAAGACCGCCAUUGACCUGGUCAAGACUCAAAUCAAGGAUCAGGAAGUCGCUCUGUCAAAGUCCGCCGAGGCAGCGAGCAAGGCGUCUGCCUCCAGCACUGAAUCGCCAUCUUCUUCCGCGUCGGCCGAUUCGCUAGAUGAGCUUGAGGAAGAACCUCGCGCAUCUGCGUCUGCGUCUGAAUCUGCCGCUGCCAACGAGCCCACCGAUGUCCCUAUCAUUUAUACUGAGGAGGACCUGACCUUCAUACAGGAGACGCACGCUAACGCUAGCAAGUGGCUCGAGGAGAAGCAAGCCGCACAGAAGAAGCUCAAAGAUAGUGAUGAACCCGCCGUCUCAGCCAAGGACAUUAAGAUUGAGGGCGAGAAGCUCAACAACGCAGUCAUCCAGAUCAUGAUGAAGAAGGCGCACCACUUAAACGCCCCCAAGCCUAAGAAACCCACCGUCAAGAAGCCCAAGAAGGAAUCGAAGAAGAACAAGAAGGCGAGGAAGGACGAAAAGGGUCCUACUCACGAAGAGCUCGAGGAGGCGCUUGAGAAGGCCGGCCUGAAGAAAGAUAGCAUCAAGUUUGCCAACUUUGAUCAUCCGGAGGAGAUCUUGGAUACGGAUGGGAAGUUGAAGAGUAAGCUCGAUUUGCCAGAGGGUGCGAGCGAGGAGGAAAUCAACGAGGCGAUUAAGAAGAUCGUGGAUGGUGCGCAAGCGAAGAAGGAUGGCCACGAUGAGCUAUAG